GAGCUAGAGGACGUGCUUGCACAGACGCAUACGGCUACUGUGCGUGAGAGACCGGGAAGUGCAUAUUCUACCGCAUCCUCUCUUUGCAUCAAACUAAAGGCUACAGUAUUCGUCUGAUAUCUGAAUAGGCAGAUGAUUCUUACGAGUGGCAAUUUUGUGUAUUUUUUACCAAAAAUAUAUAGUGUAAGUGUAUAACAGAAAAACUGAAAUUGAUACAAUAAUGAACGCGACUGAGCACCAUACCCCGCUAGAAGAGUACGAUUUCGAGAGAAGGUUCGAUGAAAGAGUCGCUUUGGAAUGGAUGCAAGAAAACUGGAGCAAGUCGUUCAUGUUCUGUGGCCUGUAUGCUGCGCUCAUCUUUGGAGGGCAACACUUCAUGAGGGAGAGGCCCAAACUUAACCUGCGCUGGCUCCUUGUGCUUUGGUCAUUCAGUCUUGCCAUCUUCAGUAUCAUCGGAGCGCUCAGGACUGGUUGGUACAUGCUACAUGUCCUCACCACCAGUGGCUUCAGAGAGUCGGUGUGUGACAUCAGCUUCUACAGCGCCCCCGUCAGCAAGUUCUGGGCCUAUGCCUUCGUCCUCAGCAAGGCUCCCGAACUGGGCGACACCGUGUUCAUUGUGCUCCGUAAGCAGCGCCUCAUCUUCCUCCACUGGUACCACCACAUCACUGUGCUGGUCUACUCCUGGUACUCCUACAAGGACCAGGUGGCCGGUGGCGGCUGGUUCAUGACCAUGAACUACGUGGUGCACUCGCUCAUGUACACCUACUAUGCCGCUCGGGCUGCCAGGAUGCGGGUGCCCCGUCCUUGUGCCAUGGUCAUCACCGCCACCCAGAUCAUGCAGAUGGUGAUGGGCCUGGCUGUCCUCGGCCUGGUCUACCACUGGAUGCACGAGGUGCGCUGCCCAUCCUACCUGGACAACAUUGUGUGGGGCUCGCUUAUGUACCUCAGCUACCUGGUACUCUUCGCUUCCUUCUUCUACAAGUCAUACCUCAAGGGCUCAGGGGACAAGGGGUCCAAGGGCGAGUAGGACAAAGGAGGCUAGCUUAGUACACUGGGCAGUCAUAUUAGAGUGUGUGCCAAAGUAGAAGAUCACGUUGUGCCAUGGAUGUGUGAGCUACAACUGGGUAUGCUGGCUGCUGGGUCCACAACGUCAAUUGUGAUGAGCCAAUUUUAUUUCACCCAACUUUAUAUAGCUGUCUGUAGAUCAAUUAGUGUAAAGUCUAGAUCCGGUACCAUUGAUGAACAAGGUAGACAGUAUUGUGGUAGAUAGCGGACCGAGAAACCAGUGCAUGGUCAGCAGCUGUAAUAUGUUAUCCAAUGAAAGUGCAGUAGACACAGAGAGAAUGAAGGAGAUGGAGUUGGUUUUACAUAUGACUAAUGUCCUACUCACUUCACAGGAUUUCUUAGCUUCAUUAAUUGUUCUCUUAACCAGCGUCAUACUUUUGUGAAAAAUAAUAGCCACGUGGGCUAAAGAUUUGUCAAGGUCAGUUUACAACUGUGAUGCAGUAUGCAUGUUGGAAAGGCUUGGUUCUAGUACAUUUUACAUAAAGAAAGACUCAAUUCAAAUGAUCUGCUGCUUAAGCCCAACCCUGAGGACUGGGUUUUAGACCUAGCACAUGUCGAGACUAGCACUCAAAACAAUUAUUAUACAAUUUGGAUUAUUAUUGGAGUAUUAAUUAUGGAAUACAUUUAUAAUGCACUGCAUGAACAAAGGAUGAUUUAUGCAUAUGCACUUUGGUUUGCAGCUCACAGAUCACUAAUCUGAUAAAGACUUCACCUGAGCUCUACCUGUCAGACAUCCUUCCUCCACAAAUUAAAUCAUGCAGGGUUACUCUGCAAGUAAGCAUAAUAAUUGGUCAUCACAAGGGUCUAUUGUUUGGUAUUAUCUCAAAAAGUCAACUACAUGCACGUAUUUAAUGUGUCGCAAUGCACAGUUGUAGACAAGACCGUAGUUUAAGGUAAAAGAUUGCAUAAAACCAAUGAAGAUCAUGCUUAGUUACAGUGCUGUGGCAUGUACACUACCGACACUUAACACUUUUUUGAAGUGAUAUUAUCUCAGUGACAUACUGUCUGAACCUCCCUGAGAUGAAAACAUUCCUCAAUCAGCAGCCGUCCAUUUUCGAAUAUCUAUCUGGAGACAUUGACAGUCACGUGCUUGCAAAUGAAGCACAUUAAUGGCUUGACUUCUCCUGCAGCUCCCUCUCUUCCCCUUUCACCCUCAGAUCACGUUCACCAUUCCGCCCUCCUCACCUGUUGGGAAAAUGUACAGUAUCUCGUCCAUGCUGCUUAUACUGUAUGUAUUUUGACCUUUGUCCUUGAUUCACAGGCAUUCCCACAUGUGUAGAUAAGCAGGUAAUCUUGAUUAGCCCAACCCAAACCAGUCCUCUACAUCUUUCUGAUGACUGAAGGGAAUUCUGGUUACAUACUGAACUCUUACUUUACCUUAGGUGCUAUUACAGAACUGAUGAACGUAAACAAGAUGAUAGGGUUGAUAUUGGGAUGUUUGCCUCAUGCUGUACUCAUGCUGCUAUGAAAUGAGACGCAAGUAAAUUUAAAAGGUUAGAGGAUAGUGGAACACAGAACAAUGUGUCCAUUGUAAAUAAUAUUUCUUAAGAAUCUAUUUAUUUUCUUAAAGUCUAACGUGUCAGUCUUUUAGGUGUGCCAGUAAGUUGGGGGACUAAGCAGUGGCCUGUUUGUUGUCCAUUGUGCAGAUUGAGUCCAUUCUUUUACAUCUCAAUGCACUGUGUUAAUUUGCGACUAUUUCUACCCAUGGUAAUUCAAGGGUAAGAAUCCUGGUAUCUUGUUGUCAAAGGGAAAACUAACAAGGGUUUAAACCACGACUGUGGUUAGGCUUGCAUUGUUGUUGAACGCGUAUUUGAGUCUGUCUGACUCGCCUGUAUUAAAGCACUUCUAUUGAGCCCAAAUAACCAAGUUGUGUCCCAUAGGUGAAUAAUAUUUGUUGUCGCUAGUUAUCUAAAUAGGCAUGUACCCAAUCUAUAAACAGGCAAACACCCUUAAGCAACAAAACAGCUUGAAUCAUAUUUGAUGAAGAUUUUUUUUCAUAUGGGCCUAAGUCAAGAUGUUCCAAGAAAGCUUGGUCUGGACAUAGAAUAGUUGAAGAGUUUGCUGUUUAUCAGCAAAUAACUAGUGAGUUGUCCCCCUGAGCAGCUUCUGUGUGUAUUAUUUGUGUGGUUGUAGAGCAGCAGUGAAGUUAUCUUUCCUACCCAUUGUGUCUUUAUCCCAUGUGCUUUACAUGUAUGUUUAUAGAGGUUAAAUCCCUUUUUCUGAUUCAUUCAGCGUUCAGAUUUUCUGAAGGGUAACUACCAACUGGCCAUAUUUUACAUUACAGUAUGUGAUACUUGCCUUCAUAAGUGCUAAGACAGUUUGUUACUGUAGCCUCAAUCUACAACUGACAGUUGUCAGUUACUUCACUUGUGCUUAUAAACCUGUUAUUACAGUGUUUCCAAGAAGGGGUUUAACCAUGCUCUUAUGAAUACUGUACACACUUGUAACACAUGUAUCAUUGCAAAAGUAGUCUGUAGUGCUAAGCGAUGUAUAUAAUUGUAAUUAAUUAUUAGACAACACUUAGUGUAAACCUGCAAAUAAAACAUACUAUUAAAAAUGUAUCAAUAUAUGACAUGACACACUUUGUCCAAUCCUACACAUUGAAACAGAUUAUUGGAUUUUUGUUUUUAACAAUUAUUAAUCCUACAAUGCAGAGAAUUGAAUGAAAACUAAAUGUAAGCACUUGUAAUUAAUUAAUUUGUGUGCCAAAUGAUGCUUCUGCAACGUUCUACUCUGUUGGGUAAAUGUAAGCACAUUUGCAUUAGUUUGUUAUCUUAGCUGAUGUUUCUUGAAUACACCCUCUGUGAGUUACUGUCUUGUGUCAACUAUGGAAGGAAAAUAAACUGGUUAAGGGCUUUGAUGUUUAAAUGUCAUUUAAAAUGUUCUAACAAUAAAUAGAUUUCUGUUUUAAAA